GCCGCUGCCGCGCGCUGCGGGGCGGGAGCGCCCCGGCGGGUGGGGGAAGGGCGGUGCAAGCAAGUUAGAAGAAAAUAGCCUCUAGUUUUAGUAAUUUUCAUUAUUUUAAGUUUCUCAUCAGGAUUCUUGAAUGCUCAAGAGGAAAAGAAAGAACCUUUGACAUAGACUAGCAAUUGGGGAACGGAUUUACAAUGUAGCAUCAUUGGCAACAAACUAAUACUCCCAGCUCUCUUUGGCACCGAGCAUCGGCAGUUCCAAUGGAUAGAGUUCCACAAAAACACCCAAGGUGCCGACAACUGAGAGCAGAGGUGCCUGACCUUGAAGCAGAGGCACCACCUCAGUUAAACAGUGAGAAAUGAAGAGUUCUGGCAAUGCGUUACCAGCCACAACACUGCAGAACUCCAACUAGUACUUCGAAGAAUAGCAGCAAUCCUGGAACCAGAUUUUCAAAAUAGAUGUGUGUGAAAAUCUGAAGUUAAACAGUAAAAACAUUGACACUUUGAUGCAGAAGUUAAGUGAAAACGAAACCCAAAAUACUAAUCUCAGGAGAAAAAUAGUUGAAAAGGAGAAACAUGUUGAAGAACUUUCAUCCAGACUUCAGGUUGAAAAAGCCAAUGUACAGAAAGAAGACAACCUGUCAAGAUCAGUAAAGACAGUACAAGCUCACCUGCAAUGUCAGAUUCAGAGAAAAGAAGUGGAAAACAAUGAAUUAAAAAUGAAAAUACAGACUCUAGAAAAGAAAAUAGCAGAGUGGAAACUUAAAGCUGGUGAAUACAAGCACCAGAUGUUAGCCUUAAAGGCAAAAAGUGAGCAAAAGAAGACUGCUCUGAAAAAAACAAUCAGGUUCCAGAAAGAAAGAGCUCAACACUUUGAAGCACUUGUGGAAAGUUUAAUCUCCAGAAUAAGAGAACAUGAAGUCAAACUAACUGAGAUACUGUCAGCUUCCAAACUCUGGAAAAAUCAGCAUGAUAGAAUGGUUGAAGGAAAGACAAUGUUAGAAAUUCAAAUAGAACAUCUUAAGAAGCAGAUCACAAGCCUUUUGGAAGACCAGAAAAGAAAGGAGGAAUGGAAAAGAAACUCAGAUGAGGAAAUUCUUGAAGAGCUAGGUUCUGUUAACUCCGAAAAUGAAAAGAUUAAUCUUGAAAAUGAAAAAUUAAAGGCUUCCCUUGCUACAUUGGAAAGCAGUACUGUUUCUGUUGAAAAUGAACUGCUGAAUCUCCAAGAACAGGCAAAGCUGCAGGGAGACCCUGUUGAACAGUAUAAAAAUCAGGUACAAAAAUUACAAAUAGCAGUGGAAGAAUUGAAAUCCAGAUAUGAAAGAGUCUUAAAUGAAAACAAAAGAAUAACAGAAAACAACUGCUUAGAAGUAGAUGAGGAGGAAUACAGUAUAACUUCCUUGGGCAGUCAUUCCUUAGAAAAAGAAAACCAUAACAUUCAGAAGAAAUACGAAGAUCUUAAAAGGCAACUAGAAAAGAUGGAACUUCAAAAUGAAGAACUUGCUUGUCAGCUCAAAAAAGAAGAUGAUAGUCUUCAGUGCAGUAAAUUGCAGCUUGAAGAGAAAACUGCAGAAUAUAAGGGAUUAGCCAGACAACUGGAAUCUGCUUUGGAAGAAGGGAAAAAAAUGGUAGCUGAAGAACUGGAAAAAAUUUCAUACAAAGAACAAGCCCUUCAGGCAAAAUUGUUUGUUCUUGAAACUGAAGUGAGAAAGGGGCAAGAAGAGAAAACCCAGCUCCUCUGCACAUUUCACCAUAAUGAAAAGCACCAUGAAGUGCGUUUGAAAGAGCUGGAGAACAGCCUACAGAAGUCAGAGAACAAGAACCAGAGCAUCCAGAAUUAUGUGCAGUUUUUGAAAGCUUCCUACAUAACAAUGUUUGGCUCAAUUCUUUAAUUUAUUUAAUAAUGAAGAAACUUUUCAGGAUUUGGCUCUAAUUCUUGUUAGAGGCAAGGCUAUUGAGGCCUUACAGUGUUUUGCACGAUUGAGUCCUGUAAUGUUAGUUCUUCCCUAGGAAAACUUCUGUUGUGGACAGGAAAAAGCAGAUCAGUCAUUACUGUAUAUCCUACUGGCUGGUCACUUAUGCAAAAAUCUUUUGUACGUCCUUUUAUUCCAUGGUAAAGGUGGAUGAUCACAAAUUACCUUUCCAUUCCCAUGGGAGAAGAGAACACCUAUGGACUAAUUGUGCAGUAAUUUGCAUAUUUUAAUUGUUAAUUAUAUAUUUAUCAGUCAUUAUACUUCUGUUACUGUAUAUAUCUAGUUGCCCAAGAUAAUCUAUCCUGUGAAGACAGGCAGAAAUUCAGAGAGCAUUCAGUUCCCUUCCUGUCCUUUCUCUGCAGCUCAGCACCGGUACAGCACACACAACUGCAUGGCACAGCUGCCCCAUCCAGCCUUGGUUCCCUCUGUCCCAUUAUGGUAGGAGUAUACCAUAGUAAUAUUUUACAAACAUAAGUAGGAAAGUAUUUUAGAUAUAGAUGUAUUUUCAGCUCUGAAUGUGGUAAUAUACCCUUUCACAGUGACACAGCUCUGGGUAAGGUAUUUAUUUACCUGUGCUUGAGCACAAGAGCUGCUGUUCACUGAACUGCGUAAACUGACUUAGGCCUCAUGUUAAACACAUGUAAAUAUUCAGCUGAUGCAGAGCUAAUACAAAACUCAAUUCUGGUUAAGAAAGUAAUUGCUUUAUAGAUAUAUGCUUACAGAACUGUGAUAUGUUUCUUUGAAAAGUAGUACAUUCAAAUAAGUUAUAGGUAAUUUAGAAUGUGUAUUUAAAUAAUACAUAUUUCUUUAACUGAAAACAUAAGUUAGUUCAUACAUAGACAAUACAUGUUUGUUAUAUGUAGUAUUUAAUUAUUAUUUAUAGUGUGUAGAAUGUUGUUAUUCGUUUAUGUCCAAAUGCUUAUUUAUCCUAAGAAAUACUGAUAUGUCAUAAUGAUCUGCUUGUGUGCACAUAAAAAAAAAUAAAAUUAUUAUUUAUUAUAUAUAACUUAUACUAGUAGCAAAUAUUUCUGUUAUAUUUUGGGG